GAAACAGAUAGCUUCAGUUACGCGGCCUUGGAGAACAGUGACUUUCCCUCUUUUCUUACCAUCACGCCGCAAUCAUGGCCGUCGCAGAGAGCGAGUCGGUCUUUACGCCGGCUACGAGUCGGAAUACUCGUGGCAUGCUUCGAGUUAUUAUUCUUGCUUUGAUUGCUGCUGCUGCUGUCUCAAGUCGUCUCUUCUCCGUUAUUCGAUUCGAGAGCAUCAUCCACGAGUUCGAUCCCUGGUUUAACUUUCGAGCGACAAAAUACCUGGUCCAGAAUGGCUUCUACAGCUUCUGGGACUGGUUCGACGACCGUACCUGGCACCCUCUUGGUCGAGUCACUGGUGGCACCCUCUACCCUGGUUUGAUGGUCACCAGCGGCGUCAUCUACCAUGCUCUCCGCUUCCUCACCCUUCCCGUUGACAUUCGGAACAUCUGCGUGCUGUUGGCACCUGGCUUUUCUGGCCUCACCGCGCUUGCCACCUACCUUUUGACUUCCGAGAUGGUCACUUCCCCCUCCGCUGGUCUCCUCGCCGCUGCUUUCAUGGGCAUCACACCGGGUUACAUCUCACGUUCGGUGGCUGGCAGUUACGAUAACGAGGCAAUUGCCAUCUUCCUUCUUGUUUUCACUUUCUUCCUGUGGAUCAAGGCAGUGAAGAAUGGAUCCAUGUUCUGGGGCGCGUUGACCGCGUUGUUCUACGGUUACAUGGUCUCUGCUUGGGGAGGCUAUGUCUUCAUCACAAAUUUGCUACCUCUACACGCAUUUGUGCUUAUUUGUAUGGGAAGAUAUAGCGCUAGGCUGUACGUCAGCUAUACCUCUUGGUAUGCGCUUGGAACGCUUGCUAGCAUGCAAAUUCCCUUUGUCGGAUUCCUGCCGAUCAGGAGUAGCGAGCAUAUGUCAUCCUUGGGUGUCUUUGGGCUCAUCCAACUUGUUGCGUUUGUCGAUUAUGUUCGCGCACAAUUGCCCAGCAAGCAGUUCCAGACGCUCCUCCGCGCAAUCGUCCUAUUUGUAUUCGUGGUUGCGUUCGGUGGACUCGUUCUUCUAACAGUUUCCGGUGUCAUUGCUCCCUGGACUGGCCGUUUCUACUCUCUCUGGGAUACCGGCUAUGCCAAGAUUCACAUCCCAAUCAUCGCGUCCGUCUCGGAACAUCAACCUACCGCAUGGCCUGCCUUCUUCUUUGAUCUCAGCAUGAUGAUUUGGCUCUUCCCAGCCGGUGUUUACAUGUGCUUCAAGCGCCUGACAGAUGAGCAAGUGUUUAUUGUCAUCUAUGCUGUCCUUGCAAGUUACUUCGCAGGUGUCAUGGUUCGACUCAUGCUUACCCUGACCCCAAUUGUCUGCGUUGCAUCUGCCAUGGCCUUUUCCCAAAUUUUGGACACUUAUCUCGAUACUAAGACGCCCAAGGUUGAUUCUAAAGAAACCGGAUCAUCGGAUGCUGCCAAGGUGGCAGCAGCAGCAGUCUUGCCCGACGGUCUGAGAUCGACACGCAAGCCCGUUGUUGGAAUCUAUUCAUACGCCUCUAAACUGACCGUCGUUGGAGCAUCUGCAGUCUACCUGUUGCUUUUCGUUUUGCACUGCACCUGGGUGACCUCGAAUGCCUAUUCUUCUCCUUCCGUUGUGCUCGCCUCGAGAUUGCCCGACGGCAGCCAGCAUAUCAUCGACGAUUACCGAGAGGCGUAUUAUUGGCUCCGACAGAACACUCCAGACAAUGCAAAGAUCAUGUCAUGGUGGGAUUACGGCUACCAGAUUGGAGGCAUGGCUGACCGACCUACAUUGGUUGAUAACAACACUUGGAACAACACCCACAUUGCCACAGUUGGUAAGGCCAUGAGCUCGCGGGAGGAGGUCAGCUACCCGAUCAUGCGCCAGCACGAAGUAGAUUAUGUCCUCGUUGUUUUUGGUGGUCUCUUGGGCUAUUCUGGCGACGAUAUUAACAAAUUCCUGUGGAUGGUCCGCAUCGCAGAGGGCAUCUGGCCGGAGGAGGUCAAGGAGCGGAACUUCUUCACACCUCGUGGUGAAUACCGCGUUGAUGAAGAGGCAACACCUACUAUGAAGAACAGCUUGAUGUACAAGAUGUCGUACUACAACUACAACUCAUUGUUCCCCGCUGGCCAAGCCCAGGACCGCGUCCGUGGUGCACGUCUGCCUGCGCAGGGACCCGAACUCAGCACCAUUGAGGAGGCGUUUACUAGCGAGAACUGGAUCAUUAGGAUAUACAAGGUCAAGGACCUUGACAAUUUCGGUCGUGACCACCAGAGCGCGACAUCCUUUGAAAAGGGGCAUAAGAAGAAGCGCACGGCGAAGAGGAAGGGCCCAAGGGUCUUGAGGGUGGAUUAAGCAGUGAGGCUUCUUUUACCAAAAAAAUCUCCCUUUGUAGUGAGGUACGAGAAGGGAUUUUGUUGUCAUAGAGAUGAUUGGGAACCUUGUAAAAAUUAUAACUUGCCGGACAAUUACUUAUACUUACUAGGGCGUUCUUGGAGAAGGGGAAAGAAAUGAAGAAAAAGAACCAAAUCAACUCCCAUCCCGCAAUGAUUCAACAAAAGCUAUCAACUGGUUGUCUGAAUAAUUGAAGUGUGUAGUACAGUGGGUAAAGAAAUGAGCAUUCAAGUGGUGGGAUCUAGGUAGGGUCUGACCACGCACAUGCACGUUCGCCAGCUCAUUCUGUACCUACCUACCUAAGGUACCUAAUAUAUUGUUACAGCGGGAGGUUUGCGAUCAGAUACUUGCAGGCAGAGAUGAG